AUGAUGGGAUGCCAGACUUUCAGGUCCGAAGACGAGCAAUUCUGCUCUCUUUUGGACGAAACCGAGAGCAACUAUCCGUUUCUGAAGGCGGAGGAUCCGGUCAUAUUCCAUAACGCAGAUUACGAACGCGAGCUCUUAAUGUCUUAUUUUGGUGAGUCGUGUUCAGCGACGGUUGACAUUAUGCAAGAGCACGAUGAGAGGAAGCCCAACAUAGAACCCGUUUGGCCAGGUUCUCACACAACAUAUUCGCCCUCUGAACGUGAAGCCACUACAUCUCCAAAGUUGCCGAAUUAUCGAUACGAUCCAUACAGAAGUGGACCUUUAAUUGAGUCUCCUACAAGCACCGUGGUUACCUCGAGGCGUGGCAGACCUUCGAAGAAAACGAGUAAUUCGAAAACAGCGAAUUAUGCGAGGAACUAUCGCGAGAUGAAGAAAACGGAGCUCCACAUGGCCACGAUGCGUAACAAGGAACUGGAAGAAGAGAACAGACUUCUACAUGAGCAGAACGAACGCAUGAAGAAAGCCCUUAUGGAAUCCAACGAUGAGAUCGCACAGCUUCGUAAGGUGAUCGAUCAAGAUUCUCAAAUUGCUAGCGUCGUGGCUAGAAUGACCGAGCGAAGCGUUCCAUCUGGCUUGAAUUCAUUCGCUAAUAAUGGUGCCGGAGUUUGCGUGCAUGUUGGAACGAAUGGAACUUCAAUCGAGAGUUUUAUCGUAAUGUCGCAGCAUUUAAUCGUUGUUGAAAUCAAUCAAGCCACGACUAUUCACGAUAGGCAUGGGAGUUGCUCACCAUCAACAUCGAGCUCUUCAUCGUCUAGCGCGUCUUCGAGUCCAUCGACGACCUCUAAUUCCCCACGAAAACUGGGAAAAAAGAAAUCUGGUAAAUGGAAUUAUCUUGGAGAACGAAGAAGAACUAGAAAAGUGACAGACAAGCAACAAGAGAAGAAACUUGCUGCUCAAAUGGCUAAUAUUGAGCGAUUGAAACGAGAAAGGGAGCUGCUGCGUUCAGGACAAAGUCAAGUUGCGCUCAUGUGUAACGAAUUGACGGAGAACGCACGCUCUUUAAGACGCACGUAUGAAACGCAUCAGGCUGCGAUCUAUCAGACAUUGGUCGCAUCAGUCAUUGAGUCAUCACGACCGCGUUCAUACAUAUCACGCGUGUAUUUUUAA